AACUGGUCUACAUUUCGGAAUUUAGCGAGUUCCUCCUUCCCCAAGUAAUCUUCACCAUUUCAAUAAAACCCCAAACAAACCUCUUUCUCAAUUCUCAAUUCAAUUCACACACAUUUCUGCAACUUUCUCUUCCUUCAAUUACCUAAAUUGAACCCAAUCCGAUGGGCGGCGGAAACGGAACCGGCGACGGUGUUGAAUCGGACACGAUUGAAGACACUGACGCCGUCACCGUCAACAUACGGUGCUCAAACGGCACGAAGUUCACCGUUCAAGCGAGCCUCGAGUCGUCCGUUGAGUCGUUCAAGUCUGUUGUUGAACAGAAGUGUGAUAUUCCGUCGGCACAACAGCGGUUGAUUUAUAAAGGACGGAUACUUAAGGAUGAUCAGACUCUUAAGAGCUACGGCAUGGAGGCGGAUCACACUGUUCACUUGGUACGUGGUUUCGUGCCCGCUACAUCUACCCCAGCAGACGCCCCCCCUACCAGAGCAAACACUACACCUGCUGCAGCGGAAGCCGGUUCAGUUGAUGCUGGAACCACAGGCGGAAACGGUCUUGGCGGUUCACUAUUUCCCGGACUCGGUUUAAGCGGGUUGGGCGGCAAUGGUGGCUUGUUUGGAGCCGGACUUCCGGGAUUGGAACAAAUGCAACAACAAUUAACUCAAAACCCUAACAUGAUGCGAGAAAUAAUGGAUCUACCUCUUGUUCAGAAUCUAUUAAACAACCCAGAAACUAUGCGCAACAUGAUGAUGAGUAACCCUCAAAUGCGUGAAAUAAUCGAUAGGAAUCCCGAACUUGGUCAUGUGUUAAAUGAUCCUGCAAUUCUUCGUCAAACGAUGGAGGCUGCACGAAACCCUGAACUCAUGCGUGAAAUGAUGCGUAACACCGAUAGAGCGAUGAGUAAUAUUGAAGCGUCUCCUGAAGGGUUUAACAUGCUUAGGAGAAUGUAUGAAAAUGUUCAGGAGCCAUUGCUGAAUGCAACCACUACGUUGAGCGGUGGUGAUGGUACAACAAAUAAUUCGAACUCAAACCCGUUUGCCGCUCUUUUGGGUGGUGGUCAGGGUGGUCCACCACGUGAACAGGGGGCUAACCCUAACCCUACCACCACUGGUGCUGACCUGACUACUGGUUCUCCUGCGCCAAAUACGAAUCCGCUUCCUAAUCCUUGGGCUGCUGGCGGUGGUGGAGCUAACCAAACAAAUGCCGCCGCAACAAACCCUGGUGCGACCGGUGGGUCACCGCCAGUCAGUGGUUUAGGUGGGCUAGGUGUUCCGGGUCUUGAGGGAUUGUUCGGUGGCAUUGGCACUGGCACUGGCACUACUCCUGAUCUCGGUUCAAUGAGUCAACUUAUGCAAAAUCCGGCUAUUACUCAGAUGAUGCAAAGUCUCCUUUCGAACCCACAAUAUAUGAAUCAGAUUCUUGGACUCAAUCCACAGAUGCGAAGCAUGCUUGAAUCAAACCCCCAAUUGAGAGAUAUGAUGCAAAAUCCCGACUUCAUUCGUCAGUUAACUUCUCCGGAGACCAUGCAGCAAAUGAUGGCACUACAGCAAUCUCUUUUCUCUGGACUCGGUCGGCAACAACCAACCGGGGAUGCAGGUCAAACAGGAGGCGCAACAGCAGGUGCUCCGAGUAACUUAAACUUGGAUAUGCUUAUGAACAUGUUUGGCGGCCUUGGAGCUGGCAGCUUUGGAACACCAAACAAUUCCAAUGUGCCACCAGAAGAACUGUAUGCGACCCAACUGGCACAGCUUCAGGAAAUGGGAUUUUUCGACGCCCGUGAGAAUCUUCAAGCACUGACUGCUACCCGAGGUAAUGUUCAUGCUGCGGUUGAGCGGCUAUUGGGAAAUCUUGGUCAAUAAAGAAUCUGAGCUGUUGCGUAUAUUAUAAGAUAUAUUUACAUAUAUAUGUAUACCAUAUCGGUAAACACAUAGGGAACUGGUCGUUCUGUUCGGAUCUGAGCUUGAAUCGUAAGAUGUUUAUUUAUCCGGUGAAUGUAUGUAUGCUUUUUUUCUGAAUGGUUUUAGUAACUGGCUUCCCUAGUUUGUAAUUUGUAUAACAAUAAUAAUGAUUCUGUAAGUAGAUUUGUUGCUCAUGUGGUGAAGUUAACUUGAUUUUGUGUUCU